CAGCCAUGCUAAACGAAACAGUUUUUCAGGAAAAAAAUUGAUUACUAGUUUUUACGAUGAAGCGUGCUCUCCGGAAAACUCUAAUUGCUUUCGUACCCGUAAUCGCUCAUGCCUGCUCGCUCAACAUAGUGGACCAUUUCGGACGAAACGCUGAAACAUCGAAAGUUUUACAACCGGAUGUUGCUUCAUUAAUGUUUGUCACUGCCACCAGUAUCAUCUUCGCCACUUGGCUAGGGAAUACCAUCGAGACUAAAACUUCACGGGAUUUUUUACUCACCACUUUUGGGAUCUUCUGGAAUGCAGCGAGUUGCGAGCUUUUGUUGCGAUUGUUAUGGAUUCCGAUUCAGUAUUUUAUUCGCUAUUUGAAAGAUAAAAAGAUAUUGGCCAUCAUCGUCCGUACGGCAUUCUGCUAUCUGCAAACAUUUGAAAAAACCCGGAAAUGGCUAUCGAAUAUGACCCAAAUCUCCCAGGAAGAAACAGCUUUUAUACUUGUUCGUAAUGUUAUCGCCGCUCUCUAUCUACUGGGAACACUGUACAAACUCCAUUAUCUAUCGAAGCUUAAAACAUUGCGAGUACCUCGAAAAUCAGCACAAGUUAUGGGGCUUCACUCUACUCAACUGGAAUAAAUUUGCGUUAUCAGUAUUUUCAAAUAGUAGACAUCGCUGUAGACUUCAAUUAGGAAAUAUAAAAAAUGAAAAUCAGUUUGCAU